GAGUUUCUCACCUCCAUCUUAAUUCCGUUUUCGAACAAGCUCUUUCCUGACCGCAUUCUCAGCAACUAUACCCCUGCCAGCUGGCGCUCUACAUUCCGCGCACGGUCUUCCUCGAUUUUACGGAACUGGGAGUAGACGAUGAAUCAGUUGUCAGGUCUUCAAGCUCAACUGAGAAAAAUUCCGACCCCUCUUGCUAUCGCACUUGGUGUAAUAUGUGGUUUUCUACUUGCCAAACUGACGUCGUGGAACUCUAGUACAACACCGACAUGGAGGAGUGCGCAUACACCGGCAAGUGUCAGGCAACACAGCAAGCAGCCAAUACAAGUUCCAACGCCGGAUCAACGAUACCGCGUCCUGGAUCUUUUGACUACUCUGACACCUCACUAUACACGAGAGUGCUCUUCUCAUGUCCAGCCUCUCUAUGUGCAACAAUCCCUGGAACGUUAUGCACCUCUGUUUGGACAUAAAACGCCCUCACAAAAGUCCUGGCUUGAUAGUCUUGGUCUUUCAUCCGAAAACCACAUCGAAAAUCAGCGGCGAGACGUCAUGCCGAGCGAGCACAAAUACUUCUUCGCAAUCAACCUCUACAAUUCGUUUGAUGUCAUACCUGACCUAUUUGCUACUCUCUUUCGUGUUGCCGCUAUCCUCGGAUAUCACAAUGUCUUCGUUUCUAUCUACGAAAAUGGUUCAACGGACCAAACUAAAGCACUACUUCGAAUUUACGACGCCCUCACUCGUGCGACCGGCAUGCGAAUCACCAUCCGGACCUCCAUGCGUACUCGAGGUGCAUUUAACCAUCGUAUCGAGUACCUCGCAGAAGUUCGAAAUUCCGCAUUCGUCCCCUUACACGAACUCCGCGAUUCCGAGGGAGAAUAUUUUGACACUAUCGUAUUCAUGAAUGAUAUUCUUCCUUGUGUCGAUGACAUCCUCGAGCUCAUUUGGCAAUCUCGCCGGAACAAUGCUGGAAUCACUUGUGCUGCAGAUUACAUGUACCACGACGAGAUUGGUGCUCCUGUCUUCUACGACAAUUGGGUCGCCCGUGAUAUCAAUGGAACCGCGUUGGAAAAUGCACCUUUCGAAAUGAUCUUCCACCACACUGAAUCAUCCCAGCGCUUCCAGGCUCAUCUGCCUGUGCAAGUUCAAAGCUGCUGGAAUGGAAUUGCGGUGUUGGACCCUGCGCCGUUUUACACUCCGCCACAUGUCAAAUUUAGGAUGGCAAAGAUUACGGAGGGAGAGUGUUCGGCGAGUGAAUGUUCGUUGAUUUGCAAUGACUACUGGCAAUCAGGAUAUGGGCGAAUCAUGAUGGUUCCUAGAGUCAAGUUGGCUUACGACCGAAAAGUUUACGAUAUCAUACAUCCCGAUCGACGAAAUUUUACCGCCAUCCGAGGCUACGUCCGCCUAGGAGGGCUUCCUGAUAAUCCUCGUACCGACCCCCAAGAUCGAUCUUGGUUUGGCCCGCACGACAGACUGUUCACGGAGGAAGAGAGCGAGCCAGUAAAUUUUGUUCCUGGCCCCGAUCACGUAUGGUGCUGGGGUUGGGACGGUGCAGGAGACCUUGAAGGACCUGAUGUCGAUCCUAUCUGGGAGGAAAUGUCGAACAGGUCGCGCAGCCAAGAUUCUGUUGUCGUCCGGCAUGACCGAAGUAUGGAACUAUGAAACCCAGUUCUUGUUUGUCAUUGGUUCUCGUGAUUCUUGAGGGAUAUACAAUGAAAUAAAACGAGCAGCAAGGUGAUAUCAGCAUAUAAGCUGGUCAGUCCUCUCGCGAGGAGAUUGGUAGGGUUUUGCUCAUCAAAUAGACGGAGGGAAAAAUCUAUAAUACUGGUUGUUUGGACUAUAUUUCAGUAUUUCCUACGUGUUUAUUGAGCGGGGUGUGUUUAUCACUUGUCUAUGUUAAUAAUGGAUGGAACAAUCAUCUUACUCAUAGCCAAGCAUAUAAUGUAGUACAUACUUUACAUGGUACCCUGGCAGCUUUGGUACAGAAUAAUAUUGCCUCGUAAAAA